GCGCUAGACUUCACGGUAUGGGUGGAGGGCGCAAUGUGAUUGGUUGCUCUGUGUUAUUCUUCUGUACGCUCAGCUGUAGAGUAGAGAGGCUUCGAGAAAGCUGACUGUGGGCGUCCUCUUUCUUUGAGCCAAAAACGUUUGUCCUUCUGAAGAAGAUUGUUUUGGUCGCCAGCUGAUCAUGGCAACGGUGCGCUGCCCGAGGUAUUCCCUGCACUGGGAGGAGACUGACUGCCUGAGCUACUAUGACAUGCUGUCUCUUCACGAGGUCUUCGAAAUCGUGGGUUCCCAGUUGACGGAGGCUGAUGUCGAAGUGCUGUCUUUCCUUCUUGAUGAAGCCUAUCCUGCCAGACACCCUCUUGAUCCAGAGGGAUGGACUGAGGACGUCCCUCCGGACUCUGAUUUGCCUGUAAACUCUCCUUGCCCGCGUCUCCUGGAGGCCUGGCGCAGGAUACGCCCUCGAGGAGAGCCGUUCCUCGCCUCCGAUCGCCACAGGCCGAAAAGCGGUGUGGAGCUGUUGCUGGAGCUGGAGAGACGUGGCUUUUUACACGAAGGAAACAUGGAACCUCUUCUGCAGCUUCUUCGAAUUCUUACGCGGCACGACCUCUUGCCGUUCGUCUCCAGCAAGAAGAGAAGAACAGUGUCACCCGACCGAGAACCGGAGAACUAUGCAAGAAGUGCAGGACCCUCACAUACAAGUUCACACACAGACCUGGUGUCUCUGGAAAACACACAGGCAUCUCAAUGGAGGACAGGUGUUGGCUCAGCUGUUCCAGCAAACGCUCCCUGCAGAAGGAAGCGGGCCAGAGGGCGUGGCCGAGCCAGACGGUCCAGGACCACGCCCGAUGUCGUCCCGCAGCCUGCACCAAACAAAGUGACCUGUGACAUCCGGCUACGGGUUCGGGCGGAGUAUUCUGAGCAUGAGUCGGCCUUGCGGGGGAGAGUUUCCUCGGACAAGCAGCAACCCCUGGAGCGGCAAUUCGAGCUGUUUAGCCGUGCCAGCAUGCUUCUCCGUGCCCGGGACCUCGGCUCCAUCGUCUGUGACAUAAAGUUCUCUGAGCUGGCAAAUCUAGACGCCUUCUGGGCCGACUACCUGAGCGGGGCGCUCCUAGAGGCGCUGAAGGGUGUCUUCAUCACGGACUCACUGAAGAGAGCGGCAGGCCAGGAAGGGGUCAGGUUGCUGGUCAGUGUGGACCAAGACGACUACGAGGAGGGCAGGAAGCUGCUGCUUAGCAACCAGGCACAGAGCAGAGCAUACAGCAUAGAAUAGAGGCCCUGGGAAAUUUCAUGGAUGCCAAGACGAAGAAAUAAGUUCUCUUGAGUUAUUUUGCUGGCAGAACAUUGGUGAUGAAAAGGAACGGGCCGUACUGGGACUGAAGGUCAAUAGACAGAGGUUUGGAUUCACAUCUGGCAGAACAGGACACCGGCUCGUUACCGAACAGUGAAUCAUUCUGAAGGAAAUACAGAUACAGAGUUUUCUCUGUUCUUGUGGUCAGUUAAAAAGUGCACACAUUUCCACACCACACAUACCUCCAAAUACAUCAGCCGUCUGCAGCUUCCUAGGCUGCCAGUAGUUUAUGGAUUACAGUAUGAUAUUCGUCUGUUUGAUUACGCUACUGAGGAAUAUUAAAAAAAGUCCCAUGGUUUGAAGUUUAUGUUAAACGGUUUGAGUAGAUGGACCUUGACGUUGCUUUAAUUCUGUUGCAUAAGUGUGUAGAUAAGAGAAAGCGAAGGUGAGCUUAAGGAGCUUGAGCAAGAGAAUCCACAUUCAUCCCCAAAUUAUCACUGUUCAACAUUUCCACCCUGAUCAGGUGAGGUGUCUUCUGCAAACUGUGUGCAGUAUGGUCUCUGUAGCGGGAGGCUGCAGAGGCGCAACAGUGGCGUUUCUUUUCUGUUCUAUAAUUAAGGACCAUACAUGGCUUAAGAUUUGGCCUACUGAUCACCAGCGUUCCAAGGCCCAAGACCAAAAGCAUUCUGAGACAAGCAGAACGUCUAUGGGAGAAAACGUUUAGAAAGCAAAUGACAAGCACAGUCACUCGAACAGAUGAAACAGAAGAGCUAUAGCUUCUUGACCUUACAUCACUACCACACUGGGCCUUUAUAGGAUUUCUUUUUUUAAGAAUAUAUGGGUGAAUAGAUAUUUGCUACCUUUGUAUUGUUUAAACAAAUGUCAAAAAAAAGGUAGAUAGCCAUUCUGUCUUUAGGAAGGACGCGUGUCAAACUUACUUUGUGUCCUACUUUUUUUUUUUUUUCCAUCUCUGUUUUGUUUAAUGUGCUAAUUUAAUUAACGCAUGUGUGGACGUUUCAGUUUGCGUCCAAACUUAAUUCCCAAUAAAAUAAUAUUGAACAUG